AUGUCACUCUACUCUAAGUUUCUGAAAGAUAUGCUAACCAAGAAUGGAAAAUAUAUCCACAACGAUAAUAUUGUGGUGGAAGGGAAAUACAGUGUUGUGAUUCAAAGAAUCCUUCCACCUAAAUACAAGGAUCCCGGGAGUGUCACAAUCCCUUGCUCUAUUGGUGCAGUGUCAGUUGGAAAAGCUCUCAUUGAUUUGGGAGCUAGCAUUAAUUUGAUGUCGCUCUCCAUGUGCAGAAGAAUUGGAGAGCUGAAAAUUAUGCCAACAAGAAUGACAUUGCAGCUGGCAGAUCGUUCCAUUACAAGGCCUUAUGGCGUGGUUGGAGAUGUUUGGUCAAGGUGUGACAGUUCACUUUCCCUGCGGACUUUGUGA